AGCGACCGAGAUAUUGCGAUUAACAUGGCUGAGGCGGCGCGUAACGGGGACGAGCCUCCCUCCAACGUGGAGAUAGAUCCGGAUUUCGAGCCCCAGAAGCGGCCGCGCUCCUGCACUUGGCCGCUGCCCCGACCGGAGUCUGGUGCGGGCAAACCCGGGGCGAAUGACACUGACGUAAUCCCCGAAGAGGAGGAUGAUGAGGAGGGUGGGAGCUCCGGGAGCGGCGCCGCUCAGAAAGCCAGCGGUGCCAUCAAGCCCCGGGAGCCGAGCAGCAGCAGCAGCCUCAGCUCCGUCUCCCAGCCGGUGGAGGUCCAGCGCGGCCCCCGCAAGGAGGAGGCCGGAGACGGCUCGCCUUCCUCGGCGCAAACCCCCCCUGCAGCCCUGGGCGGCUCUGCCUCCCAGCAGCUGAGGAAGUCCUCCGCCCGCAGGAAUGCCUGGGGCAACUACUCCUAUGCAGACCUCAUUACCCAAGCCAUCGAGAGCUCCCCCGAGAAAAGGCUGACCUUGUCCCAAAUCUAUGACUGGAUGGUGAGGUCUGUGCCAUAUUUCAAGGACAAAGGCGACAGCAACAGCUCUGCUGGCUGGAAGAAUUCCAUCCGACACAAUCUGUCCCUCCAUAGUCGUUUUGUGAAAGUCCAGAAUGAAGGAACAGGGAAGAGCUCCUGGUGGAUGGUCAACCCAGAAGGCGGGAAAGGAGGCAAGGCUCCCCGACGACGGGCUGUUUCGAUGGAUAACAGUAAGUACAUCAAAGGAGCCCGAGGACGAGCCACCAAGAAGAAGGCCUCACUGCAGGCUGCUCAAGACGGCAGCUCCGAGAGCUCGUCCAGCCUCUCCAAGUGGACGGGAAGUCCCACCUCCCGCAGCAGCGACGAGCUGGACGCCUGGACAGACUUCCGCUCCCGGACCAAUUCCAACGCCAGCACACUCAGCGGUCGUCUGUCCCCGAUCCUGGCUAACCUGGAGCUGGACGAGGUGCCCGACGACGACUCGCCCCUCUCCCCGAUGCUGUACUCCAGCCCCAGCAGCAUGUCUCCAUCCACGGGCCCCACAGGACUCUCCGACCUGGCAGGUACCAUGAACCUCAACGACGGGCUCUCCGACAACCUGAUGGAUGAUCUUUUAGACAAUAUCAGCCUGACGGCAUCCCAGCAACCUCCUCCUGGAGAGGAAGACAAUGGCGCCAACGGUCAGGGGAGCUCUGUGUUUACCUUCAGCUGCUCGGGAAGCAGCCUGGGAAGCCCCUCCGGCAGCUACGGGCCGAACCCUCUUUUCAGCCCUCCGUCCAUCACGAGCCUGCGGCAGUCGCCCAUGCAGACCAUCCAGGAGAACAAGCAGACCACCUUCUCCUGCAUCUCGCACUUCGGCGAGCACCAGACGCUGCAGGAUCUGCUCAGCCUGGACUCCCACAGCCACAGCAACGUCAUGCUCACCCAGUCCGACCCGCUGAUGUCGCAGGCCAGCACCGCCAUCGCCCUGCAGAACUCCCGUCGAAACGCCAUGCUGCUCCGCAAAGACCACAUGCUGGUGAACCACACCGGCGCGGGUCAGGCCCAAAGCUCUUCAGUGCCUGGUUGGCAAGCUGGCUUGUCGACCUCCGACAACGACGCCGGCCACCCCGACGCCAAGCAGCUGAAGUCUCCCAGUAAGAACGCCUCUAUGCAGCUCAGCCAGGACCGCUUUCCCGCCGAUCUGGACCUCGACGUGUUCAACGGCAGCCUGGAGUGCGACAUGGACUCCAUCAUCCGCAACGAACUGAUGGACGCAGAUUGCCUGGACCUCAGCUUCGACUCUCGCCUCACCUCCACCCAGAACGCCAACAGGAAUUCAGGAAGUUUCUCCAGCUCCAAACAGACGUCCCCCCAGAGCUGGGUGCCAAGCUGAGAAGCUGUCAGCAUGAGUCAAAACUAGAAGUGGGGAAAAUGUAAAUUGGGGUUCAUUGUCCUGCAUUGUGCAACUAGAGGGAAGAACGUAUGUAAAAGUGUAUUUAUGUAGUAUUUUUUUCCCCAUUAUUUUCAAUGUCAGGCAUUAAUUUCGGUACUGUAUUGGUGUCUUCGCAGUGGAGAGAAACUCAUUCUUUCAAAGGACCAAUGCCUGGACGGUGUGACCAACAGUAGUGACUGGAAAUGAAAGUGCAGGACAUUGUGUUAAAACGUAUACGGAAAGCAUCAACUCGUGUUAGUCUCAGGGAAUCACUCACAUCACAAAGUGAUACAUGAAACUGAAGAUGAAUCUCACCCUGCUUUCUCACCUCUUUCACACCCUUUCAUAUCUAAAAACCAACAUUUUUUGCCAAACCAGCUGUCGGCCUGUUGUUUGCCGACAGCCUGUUUACAGAAAAAGCUGCAGAGAAUGUUACACUAUCACGCUCGAGCGGUGGAUACUUGACAAGCUUUUUUUUCUUUUUUUAGGUUCCUUUAAGAGCCGUAGCCUAAAUGGACUAAAAAAAAAAAAAAAACUGUUAAUGAAAAGCUUUCCCCCCCUCCCAUUGAUGCACCAAGUCACCAAAUAUCAAUCUUGUAGAGGUUAAUAUGUUAUCAAGAUGUGAACUGAUCUACAUUGUGUGGUUUUUGUAUGUAAUGUUUUUGUUUUUUUGUUUUUUUUUUUAAAAAGAAAGCAGAUUUUACCCUGUGAUUUUAGUGACAUUACUGUGAAUUCUGUUCCUUCUGAAGCGGUGCAUUACUGAAGUAUUGAUAAUAAGAUGUUUCUGCUGCAGAUCCCUUUUCACCUCCCCGCCCUCCCUCUUCCCUCUUACUGCACUGUUGGAAGUACUGCUCUGUAUACAGAAUUUAAGGACAUGAUUUAGUUCUAGUCGACACCAUUUUACAUUAGCAAACACUUAGGAGUGUUUGGAUUAAAUUAACCACACUUGCUGAAGCCACAGCACUCGAUUACCACGUUUUUGGCGUUAAUUUGGAGGCGUUCUUGGUGCUAUAAAUACGAAGAUAGCGGGGAGUGGCUGCAGAUGGAGCAGCGUCAGUAGCCUCUCCUUUGUUAUCAGCACUAUAGCAGGUGCUGGGGGAAGAAAAAAAAAAAAAAGGUGUUUCCAACCCUGUGGGAGGAGGAGGGUAUGUAGUAUCUUAGAGCCAGUAUUUUAAAUAUUGCCAAAUUUUUUCUGCAUUUAAAUAAGUGGAAACAAGAGGAUAUACAGUACAUAGAUAUUAGGAACCAGUGCUAUAAGGGCAAAAAGAAAAAAUGAAAAAAGAAUCUACAUCAGCACAGUUUUGUAGGAACAGCAGGAUGAAUUAUUUUACGUUUACGUUUUUAACAGCCGGAAGCAGAUUAAGGACAUUUUUGUCCACUUGACCUUGACUAUUGUCAAAGUCACAUAUUUGAUUUAUUUAUUUCUUUUCCUCCUAUUGCAAUACUUCUCGUUGCCCUCCAUGUAUAGAGCUGUACAAAAGCACUUUUAUUUGGUUGUCUGUCCAAAUUAACCUACAUUUGACCGCCUCAGUUGAUCAUCGAUCGGGACGAAUGCCAAAUGGUCCCUGAAAUUCUGUGUACCAUCAGAGUUAGUGGGGAAAUCUAAAUGUGUCCAGUUUAACAGUUUAAAUACUGAAUCCCAUUGGCUUACGUUUUGAUUUUCCAAAAUAAAUUCUGCACCCUGGUGCUUCCGAAUGAAAUUUUCGUUGCUUCUUUUACGAUGAUUUAAAACAUUAUUUUUCUCUAUUAUUUCUGAGUCAAACUCACUGCCAAUAAUCCUGCAUUUCAUUUCUUCCUAUUGCUCCUACAAAAACAAAAGAGACAUCAAGUUGCCAGUUGUAAUUCCAAUCCUUCUCUUGGUUCUAUCACAGAUGGUGCAUGUAAAUAAAGCUUAAAGAACGACUGAAAA